AUGUAAACAUUUGGAAACGUCCUUUAGUGAUGACCUAAUUUAUAACAAUAAAUAAAUACAAAUAUCUAUGUAGGAGAAGAAAGAGACGUCAUCACGUUGCGAUAAUACAGCAGGUGCAGAGAUUAAACUAUUUACAACUUUGAUUAGGAUGACCUCAUAAUUAUGAUUUUGUAGGUGAUGACCUUAUAAUUGAAAUUUUGAUAAAGUUUUAAACUGUUAAACUGUGUUGGCGUGACAGAUCUAUUUACACCAGCGUUUCUCAAACUUUAAUAACAUACGGAUAAAAGAAAUACUUUCCAGUGCCACGUUAACCAUCUAACAGAUCAGAUGGGGAGGGGGAUCGCUGAAAUAAAAAAGUCAAGGUCACCUUUGGAUUGACUAGAAUGGAUUAGUUUCUAGCAAGUACAAAGUACAGUGAUUACCAUUCUAGGCUGGAGAUUUAUUCUAGGCAGUACUCUCGGGUUAUUUGUGAUCUAACUGCUAUGUAACAUUUCACUUCAAAGUUAUCGACACGCAGCCCGUAUCUCAGUAUGACCUUGAGUAGACUCAGACCGUUACAGAAGUAAAGGUGUUCUUUCAGGAUACAAUCAAAUGACCUUGAAACAUAUAAUUAGCGCAUAUUUAUCGUAUUUUGAAAUGUAUCGACAUUUGUGUUUCCAUUUUUUUUGAAGUAUUUACUCUGCCUUUAUUUAUAUUUACUAUUUUGAAGUUCUUAUACACUGAAAUGAUGUUUGUUUUCUAACAAUCACGUGAUAAGAUAUUGUUAUCAGUAUGACACAUGAACAGCAUCCUGUGUUACGUAGAUUCUAUGAUCUCAUUUGACACAUAGGUCUAUGAGUGUAGGUCAUCAUUGACAUAUUGUUCUUUGGAUGUAUGUCUCGGUCUGCUGAUUUAAAUCAGUUAAAAAUGUUUAGUUUUAAAUAGUUCGUUGAAAAAUAAAUCAAGCCUCUUGAUUAAAACUAAUUUAAAAAACAAUAAAUUGCGAAGUUUGACAGCACAAAUACAUUUGAAAGUAAAAUCAAUGAGCACAAAGUAAGCUGAAAACCUACAAAGUCUAAAUCUGUUCAAAAAUGUUCUAAUUUGUAUUUUUUCAUUGCGAUGGCGAAACCUCUUUACGCCAAUGAGUUUCGCGUGCAGGUCCACACAGGCAGAAGUAGGCAACGUGCCUGGAGUGAAAGCACUUGCACAUCCUUACUCAGUUACAGCGAAUCAGAAGAUUCACUUCGAAUUGGUUCAUCCGUGGCGUUGGGUGCUAUGGCCAGCAGACCUCUACCUGAAAUUCCACUAGAAAGAUCCUCACCGAAGGAGUAUCAAAACAACAUCAGAAGAGCUUCGGUCCAUCGGCAAGAGCCAUUAAAAAUCAAAGAAAAGAAAAAGUCUGCAGCGGGAUCCAGGCGUAGAACUUUGAUUCUCAUCAGCAUUGCAUCCAUUGUUUUUAGCCUGUUUUGUCUUGGCCUCUUGGUUGCGACCUUCAUCAGACAUGGGAUUUUACCAUGGGAUAAGGUAAUGCUUCAGUCUAGCACCCAGGACUCGUGCCUGUCUUGCAUUAAGCUGCUGCAAUCUAUUCUUCAAAGUCAGAAUCAAAUGAAAGCUCAAUGCAGCUCUAACAUGUCGCCAACGCAAACAUCCAGUUCAACUGUCAACUAUGCACAUUCCUUGUGUCUUCCGGUGGAGGUUGAGAACUUAGAUCUUUCUUUGUUGAAAGUCCACGUUGGAAAAGAGAAUUUCACUGCACCACUAGGCGGAUGGUAUUUUAUAUUUUUAGAAUCUCAGACAGCUGUUGCUAUUGACAUUAAGAAACAAAGUUCUGAAUGUACAACACAGAUUGCAUCAACUCAAUGCAAACCUUGCCACAGCUCAAAGUCAGACAACUCGUUUACAUUUUGUUGGGCUGAUGUAGUACUAUUACAAGAAGGCGAUGUCCUCUCUACCAGCUCUGCUAUAACCAUACAGAACAAUGAUCAUUACCAUUUCCAUAUAAUUUCACUGCAUGAAUUGGACAAAUGAACUUAAUAAGUCCAUGAAGACAGGUGAUCACAGAUCCACUUUGUACUUUACGAUCCCUCUGAUGUAAUGAAUUGACUUCUAUAUAUAUACGGCCCUCAAGCUUCUAGAUAUCCAUAGAAUCAUCUCGUACCAGGCCCUUAAAAAAAGUCACGUGAUAACAUCACGGGCCUUCCAUACACAAAUGUACAUUCCCUUACGUCCAUUCACACGUACAUUCGAUAAUUAGCUUUUUCUAAAGGAAGCAUUUCAGUUCAACCUUUCUUGUCUAAAGCAUUUCAUGACUUCAGUUCAACCUUUCUUGUCUAAAGCAUUUCAUGACUUCAGUUCAACCCUCUUGUCUAAAGCAUUUCAUGAUUUCAGUUCAACCCUCUUGUCUAAAGCAUUUCAUGACUUCAGUUCAACCUUUCUUGCCUAAAGCAUUUCAUGACUUCAGUUCAACCUUUCUUGCCUAAAGCAUUACAUGACUUCAGUUCAACCUUUUUUUGCCUAAAGCAUUUCAUGAUUUCAGUUCAACCUUUUUUGCCUAUAGCAUUUCAUGAUUUCAGUUCAACCUUUCUUGUCUAAAGCAUUUCAUAAUUUCAGUUCAACCUUUCUUGUCUAAAGCAUUUCAUGAUUUCAGUUCAACCUUUCAUGCCUGGGGAGUUUCAUGAUUUCAGUAUUCGAUUCCCACACAUUUUCCAUGUCUACUACUUUAAAAAACUACACAACUUUGUCUUUAUUUUCUGAUUGUAAAGUCAGUUUAUUAAAGAAAUGUUCAUUACCA